GAGUGAUCAUCCAUAACAAGUUCCGCUCUGUAUACAUAAAUACAACGUGUGUACCUUGGCAGUGCUUUUCCUUACCGGCUAGCUCUAGCGGUGUUAGGUGUCGACGUUUGCAACACACGACAUUCUUAUUGCUCAUCCGACCGUUCUUACAGUUAGCUGAAGGGCACCUAGCUGUAAGGGAUAAAAUACAGUUCGACAUAGUUUGCCAUCUGAAUGGCGGAGGUCGAGGCUCCUGCUCAGGAGCUGUGCCUUCGCUGUCAUAAGGAGCCGAUCAAGUUUAUGACCCUUCCUUGCCGCCACCACACUCUGUGCACGACUUGCGCUGCUCGUGUAGCGACAGGUGGCAAGUGCUUCCUUUGCCACAAGUUCUUCCAACGCCUCAAGCAUAUCCCUGCUCCCGGUGAGGAGGAGGAAGAGGAAGAGGAGCAGCAGGAGACUGACGACGACGAUGACGACGACGAUGAGGAUGCCCAGGACGCAUCCAAACCAGCACAGUAAUGCCGUCGCACAAAGCGACGGAGCCGCGAGCUCGACCUCGAUCCAACGCAAGGCACGAAAAAGUUACCAAGGCCACGGCCGCCGACCUUUCCAGUACAAACCUCAUGGCAAUGUGCUGCCAGCGGUGGCCUGUGUCGGCAUGUUGGCUGCAUAUGCGGGCUUUAGGAUUGCUCUGUUACGGCGCAGAAUGGGCCUGCCAGGGCUGCCAUCGCUUUGGUCGCGAGCGUCGUGCAUGCUUGCAUCCAUUGCCGGACAUCUCCAUCAGCCCACCACAAACAGAACCUCCAGCCACGAAAAAGGGGAAGGUGUAAGCAUUGGGGCUGGCCAUGCUGUAUACUUCGUGCCCCUGCCGCCAAGGCUGCCCGCUGAUCAGAUUGCGGCAGCGCCGGAGUCGGCAGUAGCAGCAGCAGCAACCUCAGCUGUGGCACCGGGGGUUGCAGCAGUAGCAGAAACGACGGUGACAGGGGAGGAGGCAGCUACAGCAGCAGCCGAACCACCGCUGGAGGUUCGUGUGGUUGACUUGCGGCGGGUGACAGGCGCCGAGGAGCUGGCAGCGGCUUUAAGUGGCCUGCCAGGGACACAGCCAUGGGGGUGUUGUGGGGGCCAGGACGGGGAAGGGAAGCCAGAGCAGGAGAGCUUGAGGGAGGCCGGGACAGGGGGAAAGGAGAGAAGCGGGAGUGACCGUGGGAAUGGCCGACGGCCCGGAAGCGACGAGGAACUGCUGAAACAGCAGCAGCAACAUCAGCAGCAGCAGCAGGGGUGCAGGGUGAUGACGCAACAAGGAGGCGGGAAGGAGGAGGAAGAAGAGCAGGAAGAGGAAGAGGAGGAGGUGGUUGUUCUAGGGCUGGAUGCCGAAUGGGAGCCGGAGCUGCUCCCGGGGGUACGACACAGGAUCUCUGUGAUCCAACUGUCAACGGCCAACCGCUGCUGGGUGUUGCAACCCGGCGACUCGUCCAAUGAGGCACCGAAUGUCGCUGCAUCGUCAUCUUCCUCGUCAGCGGCGCCGGUUGUAACGGCGGCAGCCUCAAAAGAGGCAGCGGCGGCGGAGACGGCGACACCGCAGUCGCCUCCGGCGCCGCCGCCCGGUGGUGGCGGAACGCUUCCUGCGGAGGUUGUGCGGCUGAUGAGUGACCCACGGGUCAUCAAGGCAGGAGUGGGCAUCCAAGAAGACGUUCGGAGGCUGGAGCGUGACUUUGGCGUGCAGGUCCGGGGCGCAGUGGACAUCCGCCUGCUAGCCCAGCGCGUCGCCCCCGCCAGCCUGGCAGCCGGCAGCAGCCUCCGCGCCCUCACCGCCUCCCUCCUGGCCCGCCAGCUGGAUAAGGCACCGCAGCGAAGCCACUGGGCGGCACGGCAGCUGGAUGCAGCGCAGAUCGCCUACGCAGCAGCUGACGCUUGGCUGUCACGGCAGUUGCUCGUACGGCUGUACGACAUGUACUGCGAACAGCAACGACAGCAGCAGCAGUUGAUGCCGUUGUCCUCCGUACGGCAGGAGCAUGGGCAGGAACAGGAACAGGCGGGCCAGGAGCAGCAGCCGCUGUCUUUACAUGAGUUCGUGGCUCCGUUCUUGGACGUGUUCAGCGGGUUCAAGACCAAGAGGGUUGAAAAGGUGCUGCCGGGGAGUGCUGCUGCCGCUGCUGCUGCCAAGGCUGCCACCGCUAUUGGCAAGGCUGCCACCGCUGCUGCCAUGGGCGCCAGCAGCAGUGGCCUCUCCGCUGCUAAGGCCCCCGCUGCUAGCGCCGGUGUAGCAGCGGCGGUAACAUCUACUGCAACUGCUGCCUUCAGGGAUGGUGCCGUCUUGCGCAACGGCGUUGCAUCGUUGUCGUCAUUGAACACCUCGAACAGUGACAGCAGUAACGGUGACGGCGCUGGGUGCGGCGGCCCCAGCAGCGCUCAACAGCAACAGCAGCAACAGCGGCGCAAGGAGCGGAAGCUGCCUACACGCAAGUCGGUGCUGUAUGAGAACUGUCGGCUGCUGGCUCCCGACGGCGCAGUGCUGUGCACCUGUGGAGCCAAGAAGGUGCGCUGGUAUGUGGAGCGGGGCCUGGCCCACGUGGUUUCGGAGCACCCCACCACCAUCCAACUCGUCUUUGAGCCGCGCGGCCGCGGGCACGCAGACGACGAGUAUUACCUGUCUGACAAGGAGAACCGCUGCUGCGUGUGCGGCUCCGGCGGCGAGUACCUGCGUCACAGCGUGGUGCCGCACUGCUACCGGCAGCACUUCCCGCCCUCCAUGAAGAGCCACCUGAGCCAUGACAUCGUCCUCAUGUGCCCGCCCUGCCACAAGACAUGCAGUGUGUGCGAUCAGCGGCGCAUGGAGCAGCUGGGACGCCAGUUCUCCGCACCCCUGGGCCCCGCCACUGCUGCCAAGUUCCGACACGACAGUGGUUUGGGCGCGGUCCGCAGCGCGGGGAGAGCGCUGAGCAACCCCAAGGUAGUCAUCCCGCCCGACCGGCGCGCCGAGCUGGAGCAGCAGCUGCUGCAGCACUUUGGUGUGGCGCAGCUGAGCCCGGAGCUCAUUCGGGAGGCGGCCAACGUAGACCCCCGGCAGGAGGAUGACACCUGGCGCAGUCACGCGGAGAUUGUGGUGUCGACGCUGCGGGAGCGCGGCGGGCGCGGGCAGCUGGAGGAGUUUGUUCGCGGUUGGCGGCGUCACUUCCUGUCCACCAUGCGGCCCCGUCACAUGCCGCCCCACUGGCGGGUGGAUGCGCGCGUGGCUAAUAGUGCUGCACCGGAGGAGGAGCAGGAGGAGGGAGAAGGGGAGGAGGGAGAAGAUGAUGCGCAGGGGGAGGGAGAUGAUGGGAAGGAAGAGGAGGAGGAGCAGCAGAAGGCGGUGGGGGAGGAAGGAGAGGAGUAAGGACAGGGGAGGAGCAAGGAGAGAGCAGAUGAGCUGGCGGAGGGGGUGAAAACAGAGGAAGAGGAUAACCGUGUGGCAAGGACGAGGAUGGGGAAAGGAAGGGAGUGUGAAGGGGCCGGUAGGGGAGCCGGUGGGAACAACGGGUGCAACCAAGUGAAGGGGACAUGGAGUGUGGUGCCGGUAUUGGAGUGGCCCCUGGAGUGACCCCUGGAGGUGCAGGGGAGCGCAUCCGCGAGCAAGGCGCAUGUGAUCAUGCGUGCGUUGGAAGGUACUUUGAUGAGGUGCUGACGUUACAGCUGUGAAUCGUAUUCGGGUGUGCAGUGCGAGCAGUGGCACGCGCCGGUAAAGCAGUAGUAGUAUGGGGGUAAGGCGGCAGGGCGGGGUAGCGGCGGCGGUUUGCCUGUUUGAUAGCAACUAUGUGCUAUGCGCUUGUAUCUGCCCUGUACGAAUGUAGUGCCGCGCACCUACCUUGCCGCAGGCCGCCAUACAUACCACACUUAAGCGGUCUAUUUGGAACUCGCAAGUGCGCAGUUUUCUUGAAACAAGCGUGCUUAAAAGUUUGUAAGUAGGCGGGAAAAG